AGAAUUCAACACAGCCGUUUGGGAACUUCGAGAGAUCCAGUGUGUCAAUUGUGAAGAUGCGGGUUCUGGUCGCGUUGCUGCUGGUGGUCGCUGCAGCCGCAAAGCAGAGUCGCGAAGCGGAACCCGGCCUGGCCCACCAUGAAUUCGGCCACAUGAAUGACUACGGCUUCAACUACGGCAACCCGUACGGACACGGCCACGGCCGCGGCUACGGCUACGGACACGGGAACUACGGCGUGGGGCUCAAAUACGACGGCCCCCACAAAGGCUACAAACUGCAUCCCUACGGCGAGCACGCCAACGUCCAGGUCUACCAACACACGAUGCACAAGAGGGACGCCGAGCCGGGAUUCCUGCUAGGACACGGUCUAGGAUUCCCGGGAUUCCUGCAGCUCCCGCAGCUUCACGGACUCGGCCUCGGGUUCGGUUUCGGCCCGGGUCUUUUACCAGGCUACGGAAACCCCGGAUACGCAAAUGCUCCCGGUGUCGGGUUGGGGUACGGAACAGACCCAGCUCUUGCUCCCAGAUACGGAGCGAAUCCUAAUCUCGGUGGUGGAUAUGGAAAAGUUGGGAAGGAUGAUGCUAAAUACGAUAAAGACCCCACCCUUGGGUCCGAUUACGGAACAGGACCCAAGGUAGAGUCCGAUUACGGAACAGGACCCAAGGUGGAGUCCGAUUACGGAACAGGACCCAAGGAUGGGCCCGAUUACGGAAUAGGACUCAAAGAUGGGCCCGAUUACGGAAUAGGACUCAAAGAUGGGCCCGAUUACGGAACAGGACCCACCCUUGGACCUGAUUAUGGAACAGGUCCCACCCUUGGAUAUGAUUAUGGAACAGGUCCCAGACUUGGGUCCGAUUAUGGAAAUGGUAACAGACUUGGGUCUGAUUAUGGAACAGGUCCCACCAUAGGAUCCGAUUACGGAACAGGUCCCACGUUUGAACCCGAUUACGGAACAGGGCCCACCCUUGGAUCCGAUUAUGGAACAGGUCCUACCCUUGGAUCUGCUUAUGGAACAGGACCCCGGGCCGAUUACGGAACAGGUAACAGCCUAGGAUCCGAUUACGGAACAGGCCCCAGCCUUGGCCCUGAUUACGGAAAAGGUCCCAACCUUGCACCCGAUUACGGAACAGGUCCCAGCCUUGGCCCUGAUUACGGAAAAGGUCCCAACCUUGCACCCGAUUACGGAACAGGCCCCAGCCUUGGCCCUGAUUACGGAACAGGCCCCAGCCUUGGCCCUGAUUAUGGAAAAGGUCCCACCCUUGCACCCGAUUACGGAACAGGUCCCAGCCUUGGCCCUGAUUACGGAAAAGGUCCCACCCUACCACCUGAUUACGGAACAGGGCCCAGUCUUGGGUCCGAUUACGGAAAAGGUCCCAGCCAUGCGUACGAUUACGGAAAAGGGCCCAUCCUCGGGUCCGGGUACGAAAAAGGUUUCCCCAUCGGACGUAAGCGUGGCCCCAAAACUGCUUUCGGGUACAAAGUGGAAGUUGGGCAUCCCGGUUUCGGCAGAUCAUACCAGUACAGGGAAGGAGUGGUCGGACCAUCACAUAAUUCCUACCACUAAUAUCAUAAGUAAUAAUAAUAAUAACAAUAAAAAAUCCUCAUAGUAGCACGAGUCUUCAAAAGGAGAAACAAAUCCACAGUUAUGGAAUUGAAAAAUAUAUCU